AUGUGUCUGUCGUCUCUUCCGCCCAUCUCACCGCUGCCCGUGCUGCCCGUUGAGGCAGCAGCCCUCUGCCCCCCUCUUCCAGGGUUUUUCUUUUUCCCAGUCCUCUCCCAGCUGCCGCCUUCCAAGGCGGGGCCGGGGCGGGGCCGGGCCGAGGCCGGGCGGGGCGGGCGCAGCCGCCGCCCCUCUCGGUGCCCGCGGCCGACGGGAAGCAGCAGCAUGGCUCCCGGCGUGGAGCUGGGCUUCGCCGAGGCGCCGGAGGGCCCGGGCGCUGCCUGGCGGCUGCGCAGCGCCCACUUCCCCAGCAAGGUCGGGGGGCGGCCGGCGUGGCUGGGCGAGGCCGGCCUGCCGGGCCCCGCCGCUCUGCGCUGCGGCCGCUGCCAGCAGCCCUGCGCCUUCCUGCUCCAGCUGUACGCGCCGCUGCCCGGCCGCCCCGACGCCUUCCACCGCACCCUCUUCGUGUUCGCCUGCCGCGGCCCCGCCUGCUACGGCCCGGCGGGCCCCGGCGGGCCCUUCCGCGUGUUCCGGAACCAGCUGCCGCGGCGGAACGACACGUACCCCGAGGAGCCGCCCCCCGAGGAGCCGCCCCCGGGCCCGGCCCCCGCGCCCCCGCCGCGCCUGGGCAGCGGCGCCGCGCUCUGCCGCGUCUGCGGCUGCCUCGGGCCGCGCUGCUGCGGGCGCUGCCGCCGCGCCGCCUACUGCGGGCCCGAGCACCAGGCGCUGGACUGGCGGCGCGGGCACCGCCGCGCCUGCGGGCAGCGCGCCGCCGGAGAUGACUCGGCAGAUGAAAUUCCAGAGCAUAACGAAUUCCUUUUUCCAGAAUAUGAAAUUUUGAUAGAACCUGAGGAACCAGAAUUUCCUGCUGACACCACUGACGAUGAACAAGGAGCUGAAGAUACAUCAAAGGACGCGAAAGAACAAGAGGGACUUGGAGCUGCAGGCAUUGCAGAUGAGGCAUUUCAGUCUUUAGAUGAUGAGACGUUGGAAGCAAUGGCAAAACAUGAGACUGAAGAAGACAAGAUCUUCCGAAUGUUUAAAAAACGAGUAGCAGCUGAACCAGAGCAGAUUAUUAGAUACUGCCGAGGAGGAGAAAGUCCACUCUGGGUGUCAGGUGAAAAUAGGCCUGAAGAAAAAGAUAUCCCAAAUUGCAUAUGUGGUGCCAAAAGGAUAUUUGAAUUCCAGAUUAUGCCACAGCUCCUGAAUCACCUUCAGGUUGACAGCCUUGGAGAGAGCAUUGACUGGGGAACGCUGGUGGUGUACACUUGUGCUGACAGCUGCGGUGGAGGAAAUGAAUACCUGGAAGAGUUCAUAUGGAAACAAGACUAUUCCAUGGGCUGUACUUUAUGAAGUCCAGUCAUCCAAAUGGAAUACUUGAUUUGUUUCACUGCAUCUCUGCACUAUGCAAACAGGUAGUGAACUGAAGUCACUGAUAACUGUGCAUCUUGUAACAGUGACAAAACUGCUGUAACGACCUUGACAGCCUCUCUUGUGCUCCAGAGGAGCUUUUACUUCAACCUGGUAAUGAAGCCAGGUGAAUUCAUGCAGAAAGCUUCAUUUCAACUCUCAUUUCUGAAAGUUUAUUAAAUAAAGAUAAAAAACUGGAUUGGUGAAA